AUGCGAUUUUCGUUAAUAACAUUACGUGUAGUAAUUUUGGGGCUUAAGCAUUUGGGCCACCGAGUCAAGAUCAAGAUCAAGAAAGCAAUGUCCAGUAGCUGUAUUCGUUCAGAUUCUGACCAUAGUUUUAACUCUCUCCAUGAGAUCAUUCUGCAGAAACGAAGGUCUCAGUUAGUCAAUAAGCGAAGAAGAAAAGCUGAAGAACCAGAGAGAGGUCUGCGAGAAUUUUCAGAAUCGAGUGAUAGCGAUGUUUGCUCAGGACAAAAUUCAAAUGUGAAUCAUGUUCGAUCUAAAAGCAAAUGGUUAUCGAACGAGUCUAUGUUUGAGUGUCGAAGGCUUUCAGUGGCUCUGAGUCCAAUCAAAGAAUCAAACCGCACAGAAACAACUAAAACAGGGACCUCGAAGGAUCCAUUCGCUUGGGAAAGUUUAUCAGAUGUGGAACCCAUACAAUUUACCGGGGCACCGAAACAAUCAGAAUUCACAACCAAACCUGGUAUAUUCGAAGUGUAUAACUCGCCAGAGAAAGUAUCUCAGAAACAGAAGAAAAUCAACACCAAACAAACAGUUGUUAGUGUCAAAACCGCAGAUGUAAGAAAUACGAAAGGAAUUGGAAAACGAAAAUUUUUCAAAAAUCCCAGUCGAAUUUGUAAUUGGAGGUUUGAUAAAAGGACGUUUUGGACCAGGUAG